AGGUGUCUGGUAUAUUCUUGGAAAACCUUUUAUCUUUCAAAAAUGGACUCCUCACUUUUCUCCUAUUCGUGAAGAACUCACCUCUGUUCCGAUCUUGUUUAAGAUCCACGAUCUUCCUCUAUGUUGCUGGACCACUGUUGGAAUUUCUAAAAUAGCUACUAAAGUUGGCCAUCCUUUAGCUGUUGAUGCUCUCACUGCUUCUAAAUCUAGACUAACUUACGCUAGAGUUUGUGUCCAAGUUGAUGCUACGACGACUUUUCCGGAAAUUAUUCCGAUAUGUGUGGAUGGCAAGAUUUUCAAUCUUAAAAUCCAGUAUGAAUGGCGGCCUGCCCUUUGUGCCCACUGCAGAUCGUUGAACCAUUUAACUUCGAACUGCUCUGCAAAUCCAAAAUCUGAUAUAAAUCCUAUAGCUAACCCAACCAGGGGAAGAAGCAAGAGUCGUAGACCAAGACCGCAUUCACAAAAUCCGAAAGGUCUACUUCCUUUUCCUAAUUCUUCUAACACGAUUCCUGAACUGGCUACUGAUCCGUUAGAGAAAAAUGGUGAUAUCUCUGUGAAUAGAGAUGACAUGAAUGUUCCAAGGUUAGAUAAUAAUGUUGUUGAUAAUUCUAAUCAAAACAUUAUUCUAGCUAAUCAAGCUGAUAACGUUAAAACCAAGGGGCUUAUUUCUGAGGAUGGGGUUGGUAUUCAACCUGUCAACGAGAUCAUUGAGACAACGUUGAAUGUUGAGUCUAGCACUCUAUUAGGGUCUAAAGAUCCUACUCCUAUUCUGACAGGGACUAACAUGAAGAUUCCAAAUCUCAAUUCACCCACUUCUUUGAAUUCCUCAUGCUUCUACGAUGCUAAUGAAGCAGAAUCCUCCUCCACUAUGCCUGGUGAGGAUACGGGUGAUCCUAUAGAAUCUACAGCUAAGUAUAAAAAUGAUAAACUGGAAGUCUCAACUUCUAAUAAGUUGCACUCUUCUGAUCCUUCUUCUCAAAGACAAACUAGGGGAAAGGGCAACCGGAAAGGCCCUUAUCAAAAAUCCUAG